AUGGCGUUGGAUCUCGGAGGAAAUAAGAAGAAGCCCAAUGAUAAGAGCAAAUAUUCCAUAGUAGAAUUAUCACUAUUCAAGCCUGGCAAAAAGAAAUACUCCGAAUUUGAUUACGAGGAAAUCAGGAAAAAGCAGCUGAAAGAAGAUGACUCCAGCGGUGACGAUGAACGGUUCCACGACAGGGAAGCACUGGAGAUAGUGAAGCGACUGGAGGCCAAAUAUGGCGGUAAGAAAACCAAGAAGGGUCGGAAGCUCUGCUUUGGUACUGAAGAUGAUUACAUGGACAAAAGAGCAGGUUAUGACUUGGAGGACGAUUUUAUUGAUGACUCAGAAGCGUACGAUGAACUCAUUCCUUCGACAAUGGACACCGUUCAAGGAGGGUUCUACGUGAAUCGUGGGAAAUUGGAGUUCAAGACAAAGCACGAGGAAGUGAAUGACUCAGAUAUUUCCGAUGCGGAUGAAUCCCAGCAACAAAAGAAGGGCACGAAACGGCCACAAAUUUCGAGUGAUGACGAUGUGGAGGUCAUUGAAGAACCAGCUGUAGCUCCAACAACCAGUACGAAUGUGUCAAAAACCGUCACUGAACCUCCUGCUCCGAUUCCGAUCGCUCCUAAACCUCGAAUGGUCGGAGCUCCACCUACAAAAGUUCGGAGAAUGACGCUGGGUGAAUCUCCAAACCAACGUGCCGCUAAUGCUAUCAAGAAGCGUCUUGUAGGAAUGCCUCCAACGUUGCUGAAGAGAAAAGUCCUCCAAACAGCCGUUGCUCGCAAGGAGAAUGAAAUGAGCGAUUUUCUUCGAACCAUGUCUGGUGGAUCUAUACCUUCACCCGAUGAGGAUAUUGAAUUAAUCGCCUCUACUUCGACGCAGCCUGUUCCUAAGACUAAGACUCCCGAGAAGAUAUCGACGGAUGCUACCUCAACACCUGCCGAGGCCGAUGCUCCUUUCCCAGAGUUUGUUCCUCAAAGUACCUCCACGUCAUCUAGCGCUGAGGCAGGCGCUAGCACAGCCAGCACAGCGAUUGUGCCACCAUCUCCGAAGAAACGUCCAUUGGCUCCUAUGACCGACACACUGUCCAGUAUGAUAGAAGAGUUCAAACGCUGCACGAAUAAUCUUGCCCUGCCUGGUCAGAAGAAGCGUCUUCAAAACAUCCAUGUGGACAUGGUCAUUGCAAUAGAGGAGCAGUGCCUUAAAGAUGGUUAUUCUGUUCACGAAAAGGCACGUGUCGCACACUCCCUUGCAGAUUAUUGCGGUAUACAGAAGAAUUCGCUGUAUGCCCGUUGCAUUAAACGACGAGACGAACACAAGAAUGGUGCACCAAACUUGGCGUUUUUGGCUAAGUCUUCUGGAGGAGCGUUCUCAAACACCUCGACUCCAACAACAACAUUCAGUAGGACUGAUCCAUCACCUAUAGCUUCUUCGAUCCUAAGCAAAGCUACGGGUUCAACAAUGCCUACACCGUCUCCAAUUAAAGUGACACCCGUACCAGCUACCGUUACAGUUGCAUCAUCAUCUUUAAAGCCUACCCCUGCACAAUUACCUACAACUGCUGCCACGCCUUCUGCUGUGUCAUCUGCAACGAAACCCUCUACACCUAGUGCAGUUUCUACAUCUAGUGCCGUUUCUACAGCACCCAGUUCUGUACCAGGACAUACAAAUGUGACAACAACUGCACCGUCGCUAAAGACAAGCCAGCCGUGGACAAAUCAGAAGAAACUGGCUGCACAGGCGAUGAUCACAAAUGUAGCUGGUCUUCCAUCCUUCAGUGGAAGAGUAGGGGAACUACAGGAUGUGCUCAGAAAGAUUGCGAAUGAAUCUAUGACGUACGAAGAGUUUUUGAAGUGGCAUGACAUGAGUAUGAAGCCAGCUUCAUCGAAAUUGUCUUCUGAACAUAAGAGCGUGAAUGGUAUUGCGAAACAGAGCCAAUUGACUUCUACCUCUAAUGUAGCAGGAACAGAUUCAUCUAAAGAAACGUCGAGUGUGAUACAGUCGAAAAAUCCACAACCUUCUUCGAUAGAACCUGCAAAGCGGAUGACCCUUGCUCAAGCAAUGGUCACUUCAAAAUUACCACCUCGCAUGCGUCCGAUGACAUCUCCAAGCGCUCAGAUCUCAGAGAAGUUUGAUGCUGAAAAACAAAUGACUAUUAGAGCUGUGACGACUGCUAUAGAGAAUAGUAAAGUUACCCAUAAGAAGAAAUGUGAAGCAGCCUUGGCUGCUGGGAAACCUCAACCACGUUUCGAUUUCUUGUGGACUGAAAACUUGGCACGAGCUCUGCGAAGUCAGAUGGAUCUUUAUUGGUCCGUGCUGUUGAGUUCUGAUACCUAUGCUAAAGCUUCUGAAGGCAUUUACACCAUCUUCAGUAAAGAAAUUCUCCCUUAUUUCAAAGGAGAGAUUAAGCUGAGCCGGUUGCUUGUGGAGUACACUCGACGUAAUCCGGACAAGGCGUUCAUAUUAGCUUCUCCAAAUGCUCAGAAACUAAUGAAAGACGAAGGAGUCGACCUAAACAAAUCACAUUUUUUUGCCUCAGUUUAUGGCGUAUGGUCAUCGUCGCAUUAUCUGUUUAGUUGCUUACAUUGUGAGGGUGAGACUGCUCCUACACAAGAUGACAGGGACGUUGUUGCGAUUGAACCCAGCACAUCGAACGCCAGUACCUCGAAUGGCGACGCUGCAGCUGCAGCAGCGUCGUCAGCAGCCAUGAUUGCAUCGAAACAGGCUAUAGCAGCUUUGAAUGGAAUGGGUAUAAACAUGACGUCUACUCAGAUGGCAGAGUUGUCCUCCGCUAUGCAACAGCUCAGUUCCUUAACCACAGAUCCGCAGAAAUUGUUGAUGUUGCAACAAGCACUGAUAAUGGAGGAGCGGGAGAAGCGUCUUCAAGAGCAGGCAGAGAAGGAACGCAUCAUGAGGGAGGAAAGGGAAAGACUCGUGAAAGAGGCAGCUGAAAAAGUGAGAAAAGAGGAGGAGGAACGUCAGCGACAAGAGGAGAUCAGAAUUAAAGCUGAAGAGGAGAAAGCAAGAGAAUUGGAAAGAAAACGUCAAGCUCAGCUUCGUGAGGAAGAGGAGAAAGCUGCGCAACUACUCGAAGAGGAAAUUCUUCUGGACGAAGUGUCGCACAGCGAAGCUCCGAUCCCCCUCGAAAUGAAAUCGGCUCUUGAG